AUGGUGGAAACGCGUUCCGCUUCUAUACCUGCCGCCAUCAUGUCCGACUCCGCCUCCACUAUUCAAACCGUUCCCUACGACGAAACCAUCGCUGCGACUGCUCCUGUGGCCGUCCGAUCUGCCUCGUUCCCAGUUCCAGUUGAUUGUGCUUCGUGCUCGGAGGGAAGAUCACACAGCGCAUCGUCCGGGGGUGCUUGGGAUCAGUCAGGACCCGCGCUGUCGCAACAAAAUACGAGAUCGCUGCGGAAUCGAUUCAUUGCCUUGCCAGAGGCCGGGGCCUCGACGGUGAGCUUGCGCUCGCUGCGCAAUAGCAUCCCUAGUAUCAUCGUCAAUGACGCCGCCUCUCGCCCUGUUUCCCGUCCAGGUUCUCGGUGGUCGGAGCGCAGAUGGGGUGGUCUGAGAAACAAGAAGUCGGGAGAGUUUGAUCGGGAUGAAGACGAUACACCCCCUGUGCCUCCUAUCCAGGCCCCAUUCAACGGGAUACCCCUGGAUAUUCCGAACUCCGCGCUCGAUGGCCUCGGGACGCAAUCCAUGCGGUUCUCCAAGCGCGGGAGUCUCAUCCAGGAGGAGUCGAAACGCCAACUACAACAGCAAAUCCAACAGGAGGAGGCAAGACGACGAGAAGCGGGACAACGAACCCAGAACAGGGAGGACCAACAACAGCAGGUGCCCGCUGAGAGGGAAAUGGCAUCCCCUGAUGUUGCCUCGGAGCAGAACAGCACAGAGCCGGAGAAUAUGGAGGCGCCCCCGAGGCGGUCAAAGCCUGCAUCGACCCUGCGCGUCAGACACAGUGCCAUUGCAAGCAGAGCCAUCUCUGCGGACGAAGAUAUGCUGUCGCGACGGGUACGGCUCAUGUAUGAGAAGGGGGAAGAAAAUGUGACGGACUCGGAGGUCGCAAAGUCAAUGGCCAUGGAAAAUGGUGUGUUGUGGGAAGAUGGCCCGACCAGCAUGGAAACCUCUCGUCUCUCUGGACCCAGUAUAUCAGGUACCGAUACAAAGAGUGUGGUGUCAUCUCUCGGCCCAGACAAUACCCCAGCCAUCAAAAGAGAGGCCCACGAGCUGGCUGGCGGCAUCGAGUAUUGGCAGAAUAUCAAGGCCGGUGAUGUAGAUCGAUACGGUUUCAUCCGUUCACCGACGUCCAACUCCACCGAAGGCAUCGACCCCAGUCCGAUCCAGCGGGUUUCUACCAGCCUCCUUCUGGCUUCCGAGACACCUCGUCGAAAACAUUCCAUCCGCCCCCCAUCGGCUAUUGGGGGCAAUCGCUCUUUUACAGGCCUUACAGGCCGGUCUCCAACGCGGAAGUUGUCGGAGCCUUCGAUACGGCCAACUUCAUCUCACAGCAUGUAUAGUUCGUUUAUGAUGCGACGGUCAACCUCACGGUUUCGUCGGGCGGCCAACCACCUGCCUCAUAAUCGUGAUCGUCGCGUUAAGGAUGAGGCGAGCGAUAUGCUCACUCACCCAACAGGUCCUGUAACCCCUGGCGAGAAACAGGAUGCAGCUGCCGCCCGCGCGGCGAGGAAAAAAGAGUGGGAGAGAGAAGAUAAAUGGACCAAGAUGGCUCGGCCGAUAAGGAGCCCAGAUGGCGGUGGCAUGACGUUCGAGUUUGACACGACCAGCUCCAAGCUGAUUGAACGGACAUGGAAAGGCAUCCCUGACCGAUGGCGAGCAACCGCCUGGUACGCUUUUCUGAAAGCUAGCGCCAGACUUCACAGCAAUAGCCCUUCUGAAGAGGAGCUUAUCGAAGCGUUCAAUGAGUAUCAAUUGAUUUCGUCGCCAGAUGAUGUCCAGAUCGACAUUGACGUCCCGAGGACCAUCACCAGCCACAUCAUGUUUCGCAGACGGUAUCGCGGAGGCCAGCGGCUACUAUUUCGCGUGCUCCACGCGAUGUCCCUGUACUUCCCCGACACAGGAUACGUCCAGGGCAUGGCCGCCUUGGCUGCAACUCUUCUUGCCUACUACGACGAGGAACACGCAUUCAUUAUGCUCGUCCGACUGUGGCAAUUGCGUGGCCUGGAACGUCUCUACCAGUCGGGGUUUGCAGGCCUCAUGGAGGCCCUAGGAGAUUUUGAACGAGAGUGGUUGGAGAAAGGAGAGGUUGCUGCCAAGCUGAACGAAAUCGGGAUUCCUCCCACAGCGUAUGGCACCCGGUGGUACCUGACCUUGUUCAACUAUUCCAUCCCAUUUCCCGCCCAGCUCCGCGUCUGGGACGUAUUCAUGCUCCUCGGCGAUGCCGACGACCUCACGGUGCCCGGCUCCUCGGGCAAAGGGAGCAAGAAAGAGGCACCUACCAGUGCCUUCGGGAACGGGCUCGAUGUCCUCCACGCGACUUCCGCCGCUUUAAUCGAUGGGAUGCGCGACAUCAUCCUGGAAUCCGAUUUUGAGAAUGCCAUGAAGGUUCUCACCAGCUGGGUCCCCAUCAAGGACGUAGAGCUAUUCAUGCGGGUCGCCAAAGCAGAGUGGAAAGUUCACCGUCGGAAGAAGUCGUCUUAG